AUGGAACCCAUCACAAUCAAUUGGAAGGAUGCCUUCUGGUUCUUCUACUGGGAUCUGCAUGAAGAGAAUCCGCCUUCUUUCCUCAUAGGCGAAGAUGGCGAGCGCAAGUACGAUGAGUUCAUCAUUGAAUUCUUGAAGGGACAGUGUCUGCCUCGCGAUACCCUGUCUCGUCCUCGUUCAUGGAAUCACCUGCUGUGGCAUCUGAUGAGAUCCACCCUGUAUCACACAGGUCUACGCCUUGAAGAGUGUGAUAUGAGUAAUUUCAGUUGGCUGCUCGAGCCUCCUCCCGAAAAUGACAAUCCCUUGGUGGACUGGAUGGAGCUCCUCGACAUUCACAACCAAGAGGUGGACGACAACGUACGACUCAGAUACAGAGACGAGCGCGGCGGCCUCUCUGACGACUAUGACGGUAUCUUCUGGGUUCUCCAUCACUUGGAAGAACGCGCAUUCAGAAAUAUUCCCUGUAACCCUACCAUGACAGAGGCGUGA